AUGUUUUCAAAAAGAUUUCAUAAUAUAAUGGCUAGAAAAGUCAUAAAUUUGCCCUUAAAAAAUGCUAUUAUUAUACCCACUAUAACAAGCUCUUCAAUAGUUAAUCAUCAUAAUCAUCGAUUUUUUGCUAGUCAAGUUAAUAAUGCAAAUAAAGAAAGAUUAAUAAUUUUUGACACAACUUUACGCGAUGGUGAACAAGCAAGUGUUACUCUUACUAUAGAUGAAAAACUUGAUAUUGCUAAACAUUUGUCAAGCCUUGGCGUUGAUGUUAUUGAAGCUGGUUUUCCAAUAGCUUCACCAGGAGAUUUUGAAGCGGUUGCUCGGAUAGCAAAAGAAGUCGGUCCAUUAAUGCAAGGUCGAGAGAGUAUUGGAAAACCAGUGAUGAUCACUGGACUUGCACGUGCAAAAGAAAAGGAUAUUAAACGAUCUGUAAAAUAUGCAAAAAGUCUUUGUGAUGAUGUUGAAUUUAGUGCCGAAGAUGGCGGCAGAAGUGAUAAAGAUUUUCUAUGUAAAUUGUUGGGUAAGGUGAUCGAGUCAGGCGCAACUACCUUAAAUAUUCCUGAUACAGUUGGUUAUACUAAUCCUGAAGAAUAUGGCGCUUUAAUUAGAUAUCUGAUUGAAAACACUCCUGGUUCAGAUAAGGCAAUAUGGUCAACACAUUGUCAUAACGAUUUAGGUCUAGCUACUGCUAACACUUUAUCAGGAGUGCUUAAUGGUGCAAGACAGGUUGAAGUAACUAUUAAUGGCAUUGGUGAACGUGCAGGUAAUACUUCACUUGAAGAAAUAGCAAUGAAUAUACGAACACAUCCAGACUUUUAUCCAGUUUAUCAUUCAAUCAACACACAACAAAUUUAUCGUACAUCAAUUUUAGUCUCAUCUCAUUCCGGAAUGUUAGUGCAACCCAAUAAAGCAAUAGUUGGAGCAAAUGCAUUUCUUCACGAAUCUGGAAUCCAUCAAGAUGGUGUUCUCAAAAAUAAGUCAACGUAUGAAAUUAUGAAACCGGAAGAUGUUGGUGUGUCUGACACGAAAUUAGUGUUGGGUAAAUUGUCGGGACGUAAUGCUUUUCGAUCACGUAUCGAUGAAUUAGGAUAUGGUGACAUGAGUGAAGAGCAAGUUAAUAAUGCAUUUGAACAAUUUAAAUAA